AUGGGUAUGAUUAAUUCGAAAUCAAAAUAUAUUACUUGCUCAAAUAAAUCGGACAUAAAAUGUAGUUACCGAUUUCCAACAAUUUUUCAUUCGGGAUCAUUAAUAUCAUUACGAAAUAGAAAAUUAAAAUAUAUUGAUUUCGAGCUUUACAACCGACAACGUUUUUGUAUGAAGAAAAAAGUUCUUAUUUUGGGCUUGGAUGGUGUAGGAAAAACAGAUUUAUUUAAUCGAUUGAUAUGUCCUACUAAUCAAUUGCCAAAAUUACAUUCAUUGUCCCAACCAACUGUGGGAUAUAAUGUUGAAACAAUAAAAGUUUAUAGUCGUCAUUUCUAUCUUCGCCGUUGUCACAAAAUUACAAUAUGGGAUUGUGGUGGUCAACCUUCUCUUCGAUCAUUAUGGCCUUAUCAUUUUUCGAAUACUUCUCUUCUUCUUUGGUUAAUAAAUGCACAUGAUCGCUCAAGAUUAGAUAUUAAUCUUGAUUUACUUUCACAAACUCUUAAAAAUCGAUUACUUGAUCGAGUUCCAGUUCUUAUUGUUGUAUAUCAAACAUCGGUUGUUUUACAAAAUCAAAAAAAAAUCUUCAAUGAAAAUCAUAAUGAAAAUUUAUUAACUAACCUAGAAGUAGCUUAUCGCUUUUUAAUUACACUUUCAACUUAUCGCGCAAAUACAUUCAAAUGGCAAGUUAUUAGUAUCAAUUUGAAUGAUAAUUCAAAUGAGGAUCUUAAAAGAGUUCAACAAUCGUUUAAAGAAUUAAUGGAAUUAUGA